UACAUCGCUUAGAUUAUAUGUGGUUAUAUACAUAUGAUAUUAGGUGUUAUAUUCAAUAUAAUAUUAGCACCUAUAUAAAUUUCGAUCAUGAAACUGGUUAGAUUUUUAAUGAAAUUAAGCCAUGAAACCGUUACAAUAGAACUCAAAAAUGGAACUCAAGUACAUGGAACUAUUACUGGUGUUGAUGUAGCAAUGAAUACACAUUUAAAAACAGUAAAAAUGACAAUAAAAAAUAGAGAUCCAGUGCAAUUAGACACACUUAGUUUAAGAGGAAAUAAUAUUAGAUAUUAUAUUUUACCUGAUUCUUUACCUCUUGAAACAUUAUUAAUUGAUGAUACACCUAAAGCUAAAGCUAAAAAGAAGGAAGCAGCUAGAGGAGCUGCAAGGGGCAGGGGUCGUGGAGGACGAGGUGCGAGAGGUGGCAGAGGUGGUAGAGGAAGAGGCAGAGGCAGGCGAUAACAAACUUACUUAAUUCCAAAAACUAAUGACUAUUCAAAUUCUGUCAUAUGUUGAUACAAUAACUUUUCACCUUAAAUAUCUCAAAUAAAAUAUACAUUUUACUAUAAAAUAUUACAUUUAAAACAUUU